UGAAAAAUAUAUAAAAAUCCUUAUCAACAGAUAUUCCAACUCUAGCUUUCUCAAGGAAGCUAUAGAACAACGAUGAAGCAGAAAGUGGUGCUAAGAGUGGAGUUGAACAAUGAAAGAAUCAAGCAUAAGGCUAUGAAAACAGUAUCUGAUCUUCAUGGGAUUCAAUCUGUUUCUGUUGACCUGAAAGAGAAGAAAAUGGUCAUAUCAGGGAACAUUGAUCCGGUGUGUGCUGUGUUGAAGCUACGAAAGUGUUGUCACACUGAAAUAGUUUUAGUUGAAGCAGCAAAAGAGGAGAAAAAAGAGAAAGAGAAAGAGGCAGAAAAAGUAGCUGUCAAGGUGUAUGAACCCUAUCCACUUUCUUAUCAGAUGAUACCACCACAGUACAGUCAUGGUUACUAUGUCAAGGGUUACGAGGAGAAUCCUUGUGGCUGUGUUAUCUGCUAAAUUUCAGCAUACUAUAGAAAGUUUGGUAAAAUAUAUGUGGUUGUGUUUUUGUUGCUUUUAUUUUUAUUUUUUAUGACCUAGAUAUUGAAGACUAAUAUGUGGUGUGUUCUAGUUUGCCAUUUUGUAAAAUGUGCAUACUAUGCAUUACUUAAAUAUUAAAUUAACUUUCAAGUGACA